CAUACACACGGUAGUGGAGACUGAGGGCAUCCCAGCAUACACUCUGAUUACUACCGGAGAAAGCAGCGCAUCCCAGCAUCCCCCCGCCACCACAAGCUUAACAUCCAGGAUCAUCAUCCAGGACUGAACGAGAGAGGAAAACACUCCUUCUUUUUUUUGAAAUCUUUUGGGUGUGUGUGAUUUUGUUUCUCGCCGGGUUUUGAACAGUGGAUACGCUGCCAUGUCAAAGUACUCUGAAUUAUUCAUAGGCGUGCGUGUCUUGUUGUGUGACAGCUCUGCCUUGAAAGCUUUUUAUUAGACGUGUUUUUUUUUCUCCAGCACUGACUGGCACACGACGCUCCUCUCAGCCGAUGAGCCACUUCCGAGAGCGCCGGGACAAGCAAAGUGGCUCCGGUCUUUUCGCCUGAACCGAUCUGCAGCUUCCCGUGUUGAAAUCUACAAUUUGAACGUGCGUUUUGCCCCGGAUCCAGUAAAGGACUGAUUGAUUUUGUUUUCUCCUUUUGGCUUUUCCACCUGAGAGAGAGAGGAAGAGAGAUAGAGAGGGAGGACGCGGUCGCCGUCCCUUUCUGUCUGUGUUUUUGGACGCUGAGCCGUUUUUACGCAUGCAGGGAGAAAUCUGUGGUGACACCUGAUCGACUGGCUUCUGCGCGCACAUUGACCCGGGAGCUCCAGGCGAACCAGGGAGGGGAGAAAGCAGAUACUCAGUCAAUGCUCGGCCUGUGCUGUUGAUUUUGUUUGUGUGUGCGCUUCAGUUUGUGGGGUUGUUGCCCAGCCAAAGCCAUGGUCCACUGCGCCGGCUGCGAGAGGCCUAUUCUGGACCGCUUUCUGCUCAACGUGCUGGACAGAGCCUGGCACGUCAAGUGUGUGCAGUGCUGCGAGUGCAAAUGUAAUUUGACAGAGAAAUGUUUUUCUCGAGAGGGCAGACUGUACUGCAAAAAUGAUUUCUUUAGGCGUUUCGGCACCAAGUGUGGCGGUUGUUCGCAGGGCAUCUCUCCUAACGACUUGGUCCGGAGAGCCCGGAGCAAAGUGUUUCACCUCAACUGCUUCACCUGCAUGAUGUGCAAUAAGCAGCUCUCCACCGGCGAGGAGCUCUACAUCAUAGACGAGAAUAAAUUCGUUUGCAAAGACGAUUAUUUAAGCAACACCAGUGUGAAAGACACCAACCUCCUCUCAGUAACGGCAUGCAGCGACCCCAGCUUAUCGCCGGACUCUCAAGACCAGCUACAGGAUGACGUGGUCCUAAAGGACACGGAGAUAGCCACCCUGUCCGACAAAGAAACGGUUAAUAACGAGAACGACGACCAGAACCUCGGAGGGAAGCGGCGCGGCCCGCGAACCACCAUCAAGGCCAAGCAGCUGGAGACGCUGAAGGCGGCGUUUGCUGCCACCCCCAAACCCACCAGACACAUCAGGGAGCAGCUGGCCCAGGAGACCGGCCUCAACAUGAGAGUCAUCCAGGUCUGGUUCCAGAACAGACGUUCCAAAGAGAGGCGCAUGAAGCAGCUGAGCGCGCUGGGCGCCCGAAGACACGCGUUCUUCCGGAGCCCGAGGCGGAUGAGGACGUUGGUGGACAGACUGGAGCCCGGGGAGCUGAUCCCCAACGGUCCCUUCUCUUACUAUGGAGAUUAUCAAAGUGAGUACUACGGCCCAGGAGGGAACUAUGACUUCUUCCCUCAGGGGCCUCCAUCUUCGCAGGCACAGACCCCGGUUGAUCUCCCUUUCGUGCCCUCCUCAGGCCCCACGGGCACCCCACUUGGAAGUAUGGACCACCCCCUGCCAGGCCACCACCCCUCUAGCGACGUGCAGCGCUUCUCCGACAUCAUGUCCCAUCACCCAGGGGAUUCUCCCAGCCCAGAGCCUGGCAUCCCUGGGCCCCUGCACAGCAUCUCCUCUGAGGUGUUCGGCCCCAGUCCACCCUUUACCUCACUGUCGCUGAACGGCAGCGGAUACAACAACCACCUGUCUCACCCGCCCUCGGAAAUGAACGAGGGCACUGUGUGGUAGCUUCUUGAAAGAGUGGACUUUACUGAUGAGCGAUUUGGUGAAGGAGGGUGGUGAGGUUUGGUGGUGUUGGGGCCUUGGGUCGAGAACAGGGACAUGGAUAUCGACAGGGUUAGGGCAACGCCAUUAAAUCUUUUUUUUAUUAUUAUUAUUAUUUUUUUUGGUGUUUUCAUAUUUAUUUAUUUAAUUUCCCAUUUGAUUUGGUGAUCUUUGUUGUGGGGAAAGCAUAUUUGGCAUAAAAAAGUGUGCUCAAAACAUUGUCUUCAGUAUUGUGUUUGGGUGUUUCAAUUGCCUAUUUCACCUCUUCACCCCCUCCACCGUGCAUCCAAAACUGGACAUUGAAAAAAAAAAAAUAACUGGGCAAGACUGCUGAACUGCCUCUAUUCACCACCCCUUUCCUUGAGCCCCAGGGGCACCCUGUCACCCUUCCUGACUCCUGUCAGUGACCCGGCAUAGCGACCAAACCCCCUAACACUCACAGGUGGCGUCAGAAACAACCCUUUCGAAAUCUCCUAUAGUAUGUCCCAAACACAAAAACAUCAUUAGCUACUGUCAAAGACUUCAAUAGCUUUACAGAGAGAGAAUAAAGGGCCGAGGGUUGAUUGUGUGCUGAUCUGGCACCGUAGGAAGGCUGAGCAGCGUUCAGACUAUGUUCGAGGCGCUAGACUUGUCCCUUGUAUUUAUUCAGAAGCUCCUCAGACCUCUUUGCCUCUCAAGGCUCUGCCAUACUGACACUUAACCUUUUUGACACUAUGUUUCCGAAGGCCAGAGGAAAUGACAAUUUUUCCCUCCGUCUGGACUAUUUGUUUCUAUUUUCUGUUCUUUUCUUGGUUUCAGAAUUUUCACCAAAUCUGAAGAAGGCCGCCUUCAAAAGGCAAACAGUAAAAACCCUCUGCGGAUUGCAAACCCUUUAUUUAAAAUGGAAGUGAACUUGAAAUGUUGAAAUGAAGUCUACCUUCUAAAAAUCUUCUACCGGGGUUCUAAAUGGGACUUAGAACAGUCAACUGUUUACGUAAUCUAUUUAAUUCAGGAGUCCAAAAGUCUCGAAAACCAUGUUUUAGAACCUCUCGAACCAUAUAAAAAUGUUCCAAGCAACCAACCAAACUUUUGUAUUGAUUUCAUUUAUAUUGUAUGGAGAUAAAAACAAAUUUGCUGGGGUUGUGGUUCACUGUGCUAGUUUGUACAAGAUGUUGUUUACAGAAAAAGGUUU